GUACAGAGGAAAAGCUUUUUUGAAUGUGAGAAUGGAAGUGAAAGUAUUUUGGAGGCGCUGGUUUGUUUCUUGGUUAACUGUGAUUCUCAGGGUGUAAAGAGGGCCUGUGCGUCCUAGUCUGCGGGGCCGGAAAAGGUAAUCGACGUUGAACGUCUCUCUGCGGGAGAGCCAGACGGUGUCGGCGGCCGACCCGAAGAGGAAGCCCAGGAUAAUCAGGCAGUGUGGCCGCGGCCGGAUCUUUGGGCCGCUACCUGAUGUACUAUGCUUUCUUGUGAUAUUUGUGGUGAAACAGUAACCUCAGAACCAGACAUGAAGGCUCACCUGCUAAUUGUUCACAUGGAAAAUGAAGUUAUAUGUCCAUUUUGCAAGUUGUCAGGUGUGAAUUAUGAUGAAAUGUGUUUUCAUAUUGAAACUGCUCAUUUUGAGCAAAAUGAACUAGAAAGAAGCUUCGCGAGGAUCAAUACAAUACAGAUUAGAACUUCAGAUAACAGGAAGGACAACACCUUACAGUGUAGAAUGGAAGUUAAUUCUAGUGUCCAUUCAGCUUGUGCAUCUAGUCAUCCAAAAAUUUCAGCGCAAAGCCUGCCUUAUGAUGGUACUUUAAAACAUAAAACCUUUUAUUCGGAGAACUUAACUGAAUCCAGAAAAUUCCUUAAAAGUAAGGAAAAAGAGUGUGACCCAUCUAAAAUAAAAGGAUCAAUUUAUGAAACAACGUAUAGUUCUCCUGAAUGUCCGUUCUGUGGAAGAAUAGAAGAUUGUAGUCAAGAUAUGGAAAAUCAUGUGAAAACAAAGCAUGCUGAUCUUUUAGACACUCCAUCAGAAGACCAUGAUCAACCUCUGUAUGACUGUCCUAUGUGUGGGCUCAUCUGUACAAAUUACCCUAUUCUCCAGGAACAUGUUGACUUACAUUUGGAAGAAAGCAGCUUUGGACACGGCAUAGACAGAGUCCAGUGUUCUAGAGAUCUAGAGUUGGCUCACCAGCUUCAACAAGAAGAAGACAGAAGGAAGAGAUCUGAGGAAUCACGACAAGAAAUGGAAGAAUUUCAGAAACUGCAGAGACAAUAUGGCUUAGAUAAUUCUGGAGGAUACAAACAACAGCAACUACGAAAUAUGGAAAUAGAAGUCAAUAGGGGAAGAAUGCAUCCAUCUGAAUUUCACAGAAGAAAAGCUGAUAUGAUGGAAUCGCUAGCUAUUGGUAUUGAUGAUGGGAAAACAAAAACUUCUGGAAUUAUUGAAGCACUUUAUAGAUAUUAUCAGAAUGCUGCUACAGAUGUGAGGCGCGUUUGGCUUUCCACAGGGGUGGAUCACUUUCAUUCAUCUUUUGGUGACAAAGGUUGGGGUUGUGGUUAUAGAAAUUUCCAGAUGCUACUUUCAUCAUUACUACAAAAUGAUGCCUAUGACGAUUGCCUGAAAGGUAUGUCAAUUCCUUGCAUUCCAAAAAUUCAGUCUAUGAUUGAAGAUGCAUGGAAGGAAGGUUUUGAUCCUCAGGGUGCCUCUCAACUUAAUAACAGGUUACAGGGAACGAAGGCCUGGAUCGGAGCAUGUGAAGUAUACACACUCCUGACCUCCCUAAGGGUAAAGUGCCACAUAGUUGAUUUUCAUAAGUCAACUGGUCCUUUGGGUACACAUCCUCGUUUAUUUGAAUGGAUAUUGAACUAUUAUUCUUCAGACCGAGAAGGGAGUCCAAAAGUAAUGUGUACAUUUAAACCUCCAAUCUAUCUUCAGCAUCAAGAGUGAAAACUCCAUGAAGGCAGGAAUGUUUGUUUUAUUUGCUUCUGUAUAGCUAACUGCUUGGAAUAGCACCUGGCACAUGGACAUUUGAUAAAUUUUGUUGAAUGGAUGAUUUGAAGCAACAGAAAUAGGAGAAGUAAAUGUUGGGAGUUUCAUCAUUUAGGAAUACAAGCUGUAAAAGUUAAGCCCUUUCCAUUGAAAUUCUAGUAUAUAUAAAUUUACUUUUGUUAACCUUUUGGAUUCAUGAGAAUUUUUUUUCUGUGGUAGGUAAUUUUCAAAUGCUUUCUUGUGAGAUAAUUUGGAUAAGAAAGAUCAAGGGAUUAGGAAAGGAAAACUAAAAUAAUAUGGCACAGUAGACACAGAGUUUUUUGUAAUGAAACUUUUAAGAAAAGAAAAAUUGAGUAAAUGAAAACUGAAGGCUAAGAAAUAGAACUAAAACUAUUGUGUCUUCAGAGAGAGAGUACCUGUUACAGGGACUGACUGUAUUUCUAUUCUAAACACACAUGUGCACAUACUGCAGAGAAUAUAUAUACUGUGUGUGUGUGUAUGUUCAGUAACAUGUCUAUAUGUAUAGCAAUAGAUAGGACACAUACAUAUAUAGCUGGGGGUUUUUUUGUUUUUUUUUUUUGUUUUUUUGAUAGGUCAUAGUCGCACAGUUGUUGGAAUUGAAGAGA